CUCACUGCAGCUCUUGGAAAAACCCGCACGGCCCUCGCGAGCUGGGCUGAUUUCUCCAAAUUAGAAACCGAAGCUCUCCCAGAGCAAAGCCAAGGCCGUAUGGGUGCAGAGCAGUGAGCUGUGGCCGUGGCACACGUGGGGCCUGAGCAGCACGUCGCCUUGGUUGCACACUGCUGGUGACUUGCUUGGUGUUUGUAUGGAUGGGGCUGCAGCAGGGGUUGGGGAGUGGAGCUGUGGUUUGGUGCUGCAUGGGAAGCUUGGCAGGGUGCUGGAAAGCCCCUUUUCCCAGGAUUGGGCUGUGUGGGGCAGGACUGUGAGCUGAGCAGAUGUUUUAGCUCUGCUGGCACACGUGCUCAGUUUUGUCAUGGGCACAGGAGUUGGCAGUAAUUAGAUGAGAGUAUGCAUAGCGUACUCAUAGCGCAUGCAUAGCAUGGCAUACUCUCCACAGCUUCCUCUGGGCUUUUAGGCGCUUUCUUACUUGAGUGCAUGAGGUUAAGUGCUUUAUUCGCAUAUGUCCAUUGCUAGCAGAAGCACUGAAAGUCCAGGAUCCUUUGAAGGUACUUAUCUGCUGCGUGGGGAAAAAAGCUGCUCGAAUCUGAGAUGAUGAAAGUUUCCUGGUAGAAACCAUAGUGCCCCAUUCCUGCAGAGGCUGCAGGUGGCCCUCUCUGCACCUCUCCCAGACCUUCACUGCAGAACCCGCUGCGUGUUUCUCAAGAAACUUUGCCCUGUGGUUGCCCCACAGUUGCUUUCUCUGCCCUGCUGCUGUCUGGGCACAGUGAGCACCACGCACCGAGUUCUGCUGCAGACACGGCUGACACGAUUUGCAUGAAGACCAUUUAUAGCUUCAAACUGGUCUGGUAAUUCUGUUUUUGUUUGCCUUGGGUCAUAGCAAAGCUCUGUAGAGUUAACCAGCAGUUGCAUUUUCUAUAUGAAACCCACUUCAUUUGAAGAAGACCUUAGCAGUUUGGGCUUUUUUAUGUGCCACAAGUGAAUUUCAAAGCCUUUGGGACCAGAAAGUGUCAACAUGUAGUCUGACCCGUGUGUCACAAGGCAUUUCAUUCGUGUGCCUCCAAUGCCUGGUUGUGCCGGCACGCAGCCUGAAUCAGCCAGGAGUGCUUGUCUGGAAGGCACUUAUGGUUAUCUGAGGGUCUUGGGAGAGGGCGAACACCAAGAUGCCUCCUGAAGCUAACUGGGCAAGUCAGAGUCCAGGUGAAGGCUCAUCAGCCAGCUGUGAGGCUUAAAUCUGGUGUCAGAAUGUUCUUCUACCAGUCUUUCAGACGUAUCAUCAUUACCGUGUUGUUUCACCACCUUUUACAGCUGUAAAGUGUCAGAUAAACAGUGUCUGUGACUUUAUAGAGCAGUCCCUGGUGGAUAGCAAGUUACUUAAAACACUGCAUACAGCUCUCUGCAAUACUUGGUACUCCAUGGGCAUUACCUAUGGAGUAGGUGAAGUUGGUUGAGAUGAUAACUUCUAGGGCUUCAGUUCAAACUAUUUUCCUAACUUAGCUGCUCAUGCUUUCCUGUCUUCUUACUCAUCUUUUGAGGUGAGUGCUUACUAAGACUGUGUGAUGCCUUUUAACUAAUUAUCAGUGUCUGACAGUGGAAACCUGUUGAAGUGUGAAGGCUGUUUCUUAUUUGUGAACUCAGGUGCUGUGUCCGUGGGGAGCUCUGUGAACUGAUGUGGGAGUGAAUUGCUCCUUGCCUUUCCCUGGUUCAGACCUAGCCCAGGUAGCAGCUGAAGCUUGUUUUCGUACAUUGGCAAGAAGGCAUUUAACAUCAGUUGAUUCAGCUAUCAGAAUGUGUAUGCUGAUGAAUAUCUGCAUCAUGGCAGGCAGAUUCACAGCUCGUGUGCCUGAAGGCAGCUAAUGGAAGGACUCUGGGAGGAGGAUAAAUUAUAGCCGGUCCUUCCUCAUCCAAGUAAUGGAGCCUAAUUAGACUUUCCCUGGCAGUACAUGGAAUUCUCCUCACUUUUAAUUCACGAUUGUGGAUCUUGCACUUGCAAUGCAAGCUGCAUCUUACCCAUACCUGCUGUUGCAAUGAAUGGUGGUCACCUGUCCUCAUUUCUUUGCCUUUUUUUGCAAAGUUUGUGUAAAUUGAGUGCCUUCUUGGACUGUGCAGUACUAUGGCAAUCUCAGUGGCUUCUUCCUGUUAAUGUCUAGAUAAAACUUGUUGCCUGUCAGCAGCUCUGUAGUCAGCAUACCAGCUGAACGCCCAGAUUUCUCAGGCAGCAUGCAGAGCUUGGAUGUGUGAUGUGGGAUUUUUUUCAUGAGCAUCUUUAUGCUGUCAUUUAGGAAUCCAGAUUAUCUGGUGUAGAAUCUGGCCCUAUGAAGGCGAAGUAAUUCUUUAGGGAGGAGAGCUCUUGGGAGCCUGCAUCAGCCUGAGAUGUGGUGUGAGAAUAGGAUGGGGAAUUUGCUUUCUGCUGCCCAAGCAGCCCAUUUCUUUGGAUAACUGGGCGUUGGUUCCUUGAGGUUUUUCCGUCUCAUUUUCUAUUAACACCAAAUUCUCCACUCAUUUAUAAUACUUUUGUCCAGCUUGCUCUUGGUUUCUGAAGAAAAGCAGCCAGCAACUAAGCAUGUAAGCAGUGUGUUUUUGCCUGCUCAGCAGUGGAAAUGCUGGGUUUUGAAAACCACCUACUAAUUUUAGGAGCCGAGAGGCUCCUGAAUCUUGAACCUUGUGGUACUUCUUUUUUAAAGACAGAGAAGUUAGUAAAAGAAUUUCAGCAGUCUCUUAAAGGUUUAACAGGGGAAAGCUUGAAGACUUCUAAAAUUUUCUGAAAUGUUUGAAAACUGGAAAUCUGAAGGGAAAAAAGAAAAGUAUUGAGUUAUAGUAAGAGCCUUUUCUUUCUGGUCCUUGGCUUCUAAACAACACGCUUGGUUUGUGUAGUAGCGUAGCUUAGCUUGGUGAUAAUAUCUGAGUAGUAAUUGUACCUGAGUGCUGAUUCAAAAGAAAAACACAGUGGCGUGUAGGCAGCUUGAAUCCAAGCUUUGCCACGUAAAAAUAAACACGUAGCCUCCACGUACAUUCUGUGCUGCUUAGAGUUUGAGGAACAGACUGAAAUUACCUGACUAAAGCAUCUACGCUCCUCAGUUUCGUAUCAGAUGCUUUUCUAGUGCUUUCUUUUUCAGACCACCUCUGCAUCAUUCAGUGCUGUUCACAGCAUGGCCCAUUGCUGUGCUCACUGCACUAAUUGAUUGCUGCUGAGGACGGGGUGAUGUAGGUGCCUGGUGGACCUCCUUGUGAUGACUGCGUGCUUCAUAAAUGCAGUGUGCUAGUCAGGGCUGUAAUUGAAGUACAAGAUGGCAAGAACCAGCCACAGCAACUACGUCCUUCAGCAGCUAAACAACCAAAGAGAGUGGGGCUUUUUGUGUGACUGCUGCAUUGCUAUCGAUGAUAUUUAUUUCCAAGCACAUAAAGCAGUCCUUGCUGCAUGCAGCUCCUAUUUUAGAAUGUUUUUUAUGAACCAUCAACACACUACAGCCCAGCUGAAUCUAAGCAACAUGAAGAUUAGCGCUGAAUGCUUUGAUCUUAUUUUACAGUUCAUGUAUUUAGGAAAAAUUAUGACCGCCCCUGCCAAUUUUGAGCAAUUUAAAGUGGCCAUGAACUAUUUACAGCUCUAUAACGUACCUGAGUGUCUGGAAGAUAUACAGGAUACAGACUCAUCUAGUUUAAAAUGCUCUUCUUCUGCUUCCAGCACCCAGAACAGUAAAAUGAUAUUUGGUGUGCGAAUGUACGAAGACACGCUUGCUCGAAAUGGCAGCGAAACAAACAGGUGGGGCAUGGAGCCGCCAAGUUCGACAGUCAAUACAUCCCAUAACAAAGAGCCCGAUGAAGAAGCUUUGCAGCUCAGCAGUUUCCCCGAACAACUGUUUGAUGUCUGCAAAAAAAGCACCACGUCCAAAUACUCUCACACAAAAGAGCGUGUGUCUCACUCACGCCGCUUCGGAAGAAGCUUCACCUGCGACAGCUGCGGGUUCAGUUUUAGCUGUGAAAAGUUACUGGAUGAGCACGUGUUAUCGUGCACCAACAGGCAUUCGUACCAAAGUGCCAGAUACUACGGUGCCGAAAAAAUAGACUUUAAUGAAAAGGACUCUGCUUCUAAAAUAAUCUCUACGCAAACAGAAAAAUACAAAGGGGAUUCCAGCCAAGUUGUCGAUGAGUCGUCCUCUCCCGUGUCCAACAUUACAAGCAGGAAAAGCAGCACGGUGGCAUCCGAAACAUCAGGUGAAGAAGGAAGUCGAGCCUCUGAGAGGAAGAGGAUUGUCAUCAAGAUGGAACCGGAGGACAGUCCUGCAGACGAGCUGAAAGAUUAUAAUAUUAUCAAGGUGACAGAUAAGGACUGCAACGAGUCUUCUGAUAACGAUGACCUAGAUGACGAGCAGGAAGAGCCACUUUACAGGUACUACGUUGAGGAAGAGAUGAGAGAGAAGAGAAAUGCUCGGAAGACUUUAAAACCCCGUUUAUCCAUGGAUGAGGAUGAAAGGAGGUGUUUAAAGAGUCCGCGGCACCUUAACAGGAAAGCUCCCUCCGUCCAGGAAGAUGUGGAGAACGCUCCCUGUGAACUUUGUGGGCUAACAAUCACCGAGGAGGAUUUGUCCUCUCAUUAUUUAUCCAAACACAUAGAAAAUAUAUGUGCCUGUGGCAAGUGUGGUCAAAUACUGGUCAAGGGCAAGCAGUUACAGGAUCAUGCACAGACCUGUGGAGAACCCCAGGACCUGACCAUGAAUGGUAUCAGAAAUUCCGAGGAAAAAAUGGACUUGGAAGAAAACCCCGAGGAGCAGUCGGAAAUAAGGGACAUGAUGUUUGCAGACAUGCUGGAAGACUUCAGGGACAGUCAUUUCCAAAUGAACAGCCUUCAAAAAAAGCAGUUAUAUAAGCAUUCUGCCUGUCCUUUCCGAUGUCCUAAUUGCGGGCAGCGUUUUGAAACUGAAAACCUAGUGGUUGAACAUAUGUCCAACUGCCUGGAGCAAGAUCUGUUCAAGAAUUCCAUGAUGGAAGAGAAUGAAAGAGAUCACAGACGUAAGCAUUUCUGCAAUCUUUGUGGGAAAGGAUUUUAUCAGCGUUGUCACUUGAGGGAACACUAUACUGUUCAUACCAAGGAAAAACAGUUUGUUUGUCAGACAUGUGGGAAGCAGUUCUUAAGAGAGCGCCAGUUGCGGCUCCACAAUGAUAUGCACAAAGGAAUGGCCAGGUAUGUCUGUUCCAUUUGUGAUCAAGGAAACUUCAGAAAACAUGACCAUGUACGGCAUAUGAUAUCUCACUUAUCAGCUGGAGAGACUAUAUGCCAGGUCUGCUUUCAGAUAUUCCCAAAUAAUGAGCAACUGGAGCAGCACAUGGAUGUUCAUCUGUAUACAUGUGGAGUAUGUGGAGCAAAAUUUAAUUUGAGAAAAGAUAUGAGAUCUCACUAUAAUGCCAAGCAUUUGAAAAGAACAUAAGCAUAAUCAUACUGUUAAAGCAUUAAGUUGGCAGCAGAGAGAACACCAAAGCAAGGCAUACAGUAUAGUAGACAAAAAUUAAAAAAAAAAAAAAAUUGAAAACAAGUCUUUUUUAUUAUUUUUUUUUAAGACCCUCUUAAUCAUAGGUGUCUAGGCUCAUUAAGUAUAUAGCUUUGAAAAGCUUCAUGUGUUUAAUUAUUACAUUUUCACUGUUUCCUAAUAUCAGUUUCUGUUCUUAAUUUUAUUGUUUUACUAAGUAGAUAUACAAAUCAUUAUUUUUAAACUGUAGAUUAAAAGCACAAUGUUACCCCUUCACUGACUGCUAUUAAACAGUUCUCGGAUCCACGUC